AGACCUGCGCCUGCGCAGUAGACAGUGGGUCAGAAGAAGCUAACAUGGAGGUGUUUGUUAGCUCUCAGAGUUCCAGGUUCUCCGUCGCGGAGUUUCCCGCCGGAUCUGCGGUCAGAGACCUCCUGAGGAGCUUCACGCGGACACAGGGAGUUUCUUCUUCAGAGGAUUUCUACGUGGUCCGUGAUGGUCGUCUGUCCCACCUGGAGGAUCCUCUGCAGCCGGGGGCCGUCUAUCACCUGGAGCCCCGCCUCUGUGGAGGGAAGGGAGGUUUUGGCUCCAUGCUGCGAGCUCUCGGCGCUCAGAUCGAGAAGACGACGAAUCGUGAAGCCUGCAGAGACCUGAGCGGACGCCGACUCCGAGACGUCAACCACGAGAAAGAGAUGGCCGAGUGGCUGAAGAAGCAGGCGGAGCGCGAGGCGGAGAAGGAGCAGCGGCGUCUGGACCGUCUGCAGAGGAAGCUGGCUGAACCCAAACACCACUUCACCGACCCCGAGUACCAGCAGCAGUGUCACGACCUGUCGGAGCGCCUGGAGGACUCGGUCAUCAAAGGUCUGCAGGCGUCCUCCAGCGGUCAGGUGAAGGCAGACGACGCCUCGGCAGCGAAGAGGCCGAGCUCGGGUCAGAGCGAGGAACCACAGAAGAAGAAGAAGAAGAAGAAGGAGACCACAACGGCAGAGGCAGCGUGUUUCUGGAUGGGCGUGGACGAGAUGCCGAGCUCUGAGGGAGAGGAUGAUGAAGAAGAGGAGGAAGACGAGGAGUCUCCAUCCACAUCCUCCUCCGGCUGGAGAGCUGUUACCGUGAAAACACACAGGGAGGCGGAGCCUGAGCAGAACAGCAGCUCCUCGGACUGCAGCUCCUCCUCAUCUGACCAGAUCCCCAGACCCCCAGAGACCUCAAGACCCACUGAGAGCUCCAGACCCUCAGAGUGCUCCAGACCCACAGAGACCCCCAGACCUUCAGAGACUCCCAAACCUUCAGAGACCUCCAGACCCACAGAGGCCCCCAGACCCACAGAGACCCCCAAACCUUCAGAGACCUCCAGACCCACAGAGGCCCCCAGACCCUCAGAGACCCCUAGACCCACAGAGACCCCCAAACCUUCAGAGACCUCCAGACCCACAGAGGCCCCCAGACCCUCAGAGGACCAGAGAGCCUUAGAGACCUCCAAAGAGCAGACCCUGAAACCCUCAGAGGAUCAGGGACCUGCAGGACCCGGUAAACCGUCCGAGGAGUCCAGCAGCUCGUCUCAGCAGGACCAGCGGGCGGUGUCCCAGGUGGAUCCGUCCCCGGUGGAUCUGUCCUCCGUGUCCUCAGCCUCUGAGCUGGAGGCUCUGGGUCUGGACGUCCUGAAGGGGGCGCUGAUGAGUCGAGGUCUGAAGUGCGGGGGGACGGUGACUGAGCGCGCCGCCCGACUCUUCUCGGUCAGAGGACUGACCCCAGAUCAGAUCAACCCCGCCCUGCUCGCCAAACCCAGCAAGACCAAGAGGAAGUGAUGUCAGAGCGGCCCUGAGAGGAGGAGUUAAAGGGACAGUCCGUGUUUCUGUUUCUGUUAAAUCAAAGACCUCUCUGGUUUUAGAGUCCUGAGGUCUGAGCAGAUCCAGGACCCAGGGGGACCUUUGGAUCUGUUUUUAUUUUCCAACAUGUUCUUGAACUCUGAGUGUGAUAUUCUGUUUCCUGUCUGCAGUCGUCCAAUCAGAGAGCAGGAUGUGUUUUAUUUUGAAAGGGUCCUGAUGAGGAACUCAAACAUUCAGACUUUUAUUUUGAAGUUUUUAUUAAAACAUGUGAAACGUC